AGAAAUUCGCUACAGCGAAUUGCCAUCGAAACGGGCAGUUCAAGACCUGCGCGCAAUCUAAUCGCACAAGAGACCCACUUUAGCUCCUUACGUAUUAAGCGCGAACACAGAGCGCACACGAAACGAUGAAAUUUAUUUCAAUUUUCCUAUUCGCAGCGGCAAUCAUAUCUCCUUCGGCGGCAGUUGUCCAACCCGAUGUCGAGGAAGCUCGUAUAAUUUCCAAUUGUCUGCAAAGAUAUGGCGGUUUAACGGAGGGAAACGCACGGCGCUUGACACGCUUCAAGGACUGGUCGGAGCGGUAUGAGGAGAUACCGUGCUUCAGCAAGUGCUACAUCAAGAAUAUGUUUGACGUAUUCGACGAGUCGGUGGGCUUCAAAGACGAGCAGGUGAUCAAGCAGUUCGGCCAACCGCUGCACAAGGCAUGCAAGCACCGCAUGGAACCCGUGAGUGAUAGUUGCCAACAUGCCUAUAAUGGAUUUCACUGCCUUGUCAAUUUGGAGAAUGAUCCUUUCGUGCUAAUCGAGAGCAUGAAGAAUGUCAGCUUGGAGGCGAAAAAGGCCAUGAAAGACUGUCUGCAUCGCUCAGAUCAGUACGAAUGGGAGCGCGUCAAAGACUACGCUAAAAACCCGGUGCGCGAGCCCAUACCGUGCUUCACCAAAUGCAUCAUCGACCGCUUGGAACUGUACAGCCAGCAAACGCGCCAGUGGAACAUACCGGCGCUGACGUCCCAAUUGGACGUACCCGCCGCUGGAGCAGACGUACAGCACUGCCUGAGGCAGCGACGCAACCGCAACGCCUGUGUUAGCAGCGCUGCUACAACAAAGGUGGAGGAGCGUGACGUCGAAUCCGAUGCAGAGAUUUUACGGAAAUGUUUGCAUGAAGUCGGCAGCAAAGAUGUGGUUGGGGAGCUGCAAAAGGUUGCACGCUACUCAAAAUGGACGUCGGAGGAGAUACCCUGCUUUACACGUUGCCUCGCGUCCAUGAAGCGCUGGUUCGAUGCGGACGAAAGUAAGUGGAAUAAGCAGCAGAUCGCCGAUGAUUUGGGUGCGGAUAUGUUCAACUACUGCCGCUAUGAGCUCGAUCGCUACAAUGAGGACAGUUGCGAGUUCGCCUAUACGGGGUUGCGCUGCUUGAAACAGGCCGAGCUCUACACACUGGAAACGUACAAGAACAUUCUGAGCUGUGCUACCGAGCUGAAUGUCACUAUGAAGGAACUACAAAAGUACGCCGCCUUCCCUACCAAAGAAGUUGUGCCCUGUCUCUUUCAAUGCUUGGCAGAGAAAAUGGAUUUCUAUACGCCCACCUAUGAGUGGAAUUUCGACAAGUGGGUCAAAGCGUUUGGCCCAACGCGCCAAAAUCCCACUGCUUCCAAUGUUUGCAAAGUGAGCUCGGAGCAAAUAAAUAAACGCGACAAAUGCGAAUGGAUGUACGAGGAGUACAACUGUUUGGAGCGUUUGAACUACAACACAGACGGCUCUUAUCCAAUGGAGACUACGACGCUGAGUGCAGUGAUUACAAGUAAAAAGCCAGAUGCAGUUGAAGCGGCAGUAAAAGAAGCCUCCUAAUUUAGUGGAUUAAAUUAAGUCGUUGCACAUAACUGUAUUCAUACAACAAAUAUUCAUUUUAUAUGUACAACCAGCGCGUUUUCAGCGAAUUCCAUUUUAUUUUUUAAUCUAAUUCAUCUUCUAUAGUAUACACAAGUCGUGCAGCUCACAAAUAAUAAACGAAAUAUUUACAUUUA